AUGACGUUUGUACCAGCAUCUGAGCUGAUGGUGUGGGAUGAUGGAGGAAAUGGAAAGCGAGGAUCGGGAUGUCAUCCACGUCAUGCCAUUGAGACAGCUCCAUCCAGCCCAUGGAAUUGGCCGGUGAAGCUCCGCGCACAAGCCACGGAACCCUGGGAUGGCACGCCACAAAUCAACCCCGCUUGUUUCCUUGCAGUACCCACAGGACCAAGAACUGGUGAUGAAUGGCAUUGGUGCAAGCUACUUGAUAGACAGAUAGACAGUGCUAGCACUGUUUCUACGGAGUGGGGUGAAAAGGUAUGGCGGUUGCCUGACAAACCUGAGGAAGCCACUAAGGAAUCCCCCCUCCUCAGGCAGGGAAUCCCUCCUGAGAGACACGGAGGGUCAGGAAAAGAGGCUGUGCUUGCGUGUCCGGCGACUCGCUCACAAGUUGAUCAUUCUUUUUUGCCUUUCUUCCUCCUCCACAUCAUCCCAUCAUCCCAUCCCCAUCCCCAUCUUCAUCCCCUUCUCCCUACUUCCUCUACCGUCCAUGUCCCUGCUCCUCUUCGCUCCCCGUCAUCCUUGUCCGGUUGGCUUCUAAGUACCAGCCCGUCAUUGCUUGACCACUAA